UAUAUGGCAAGGUAGCCAAGUUUGACCUCUCUUCUCUUGAGUAUCAGAAACAUGGCAGAGGUAGAGAUUAUCGGGAGCAAAUUAGCGCAAGAACUUGCAUUGAAUCCUGAAAAUGUUCCAAAUAACUAUAUCCACAAAGAAGGCGGUGUUGGAUUUCGUGAUGCUCUUCUUCCUUCCGAAUCAGAUUAUAUUGAUAUUCCAGUCGUUGACAUAGCUAACCUUGCAUCACAACAGGAGCUUCAUAAACUCCACUCUGCACUCUCUUCUUGGGGAUUGUUUCAGGCAACAAACCAUGGUAUGACAAGCUUGUUUCUUGACAAAGUGAGAGAAAUUUCAAAGCAAUUCUUUGAUCUCCCAAAGGAAGAAAAGCUAAAAUAUGCAAGAGAACCAAACGGUAUUGAAGGAUAUGGAAAUGAUGUAAUAUUUUCAGAAAAUCAAAAGCUUGAUUGGACUGACAGAGUAUAUCUGAAAGUGCAUCCUGAAGAUCAGAGGAAUCUCAAACUUUGGCCCCAAAAACCCAACGAUUUCAGGAAUACUAUAGAACAAUAUAACGAAAGUUUAAGGCAGUUAUAUGAAGUAGUUUUGAGGGCUAUAGCAAAGUCACUGAACUUGGAAGAUGACUGCUUCCUAAAGGAAUGUGGAGAGGGAGAUUCAAUGUUUAUGAGAUUCAAUUACUACCCUCCAUGUCCUAUGCCUGAUCAUGUUCUGGGCGUGAAGCCGCAUGCUGAUGGAUCUUCUAUAACUUUUUUGUUGCAAGAUAAAGAGGUAGACGGUCUCCAAGUCCUCAAAGAUAAUCAGUGGUUUAAAGUUCCAAUCAUCCCUGAUGCUCUCGUGAUUAAUGUUGGUGAUCAAAUAGAGAUAAUGAGCAAUGGAAUUUUCCAGAGUCCAGUACACAGAGUAGUGACAAAUGCCGAAAAGGAGAGGCUCACAGUAGCAACAUUCUGCAUCCCAGAUUCAGAAAAAGAGAUUAAACCGGUUGACAAACUAGUGAACGAGUCAAGGCCAAUAUUAUACAGACCGGUGAAAAACUUCGUUGAUAUCUAUUUCCAGUAUUACCAGAAGGGAAGAAGGCCAAUUGAAGCUUCCAAAAUUGAUUAUUAGUUAAGUAUGAAAUUUCUUGGAACUUUGUGAAACUAAAGAGAAUGAAAAUGAAAUAAAAUUUGUUGUGAAAAUUCUGAGCAGUGGCUCUGCUGCUUUAGAUCAAAUAAAUGCUGAUUUGUAUAAUACUAGUUUAAAGGUGACUUACAAUUGUAGUAGUAUGUGGAGUUUAGUUGUA